AUGGAGUCUCUGUCAAGAAAUUAUAUUUCUCGGCUGAAUGAGUACCAGCAGAAGGCUCAAUGCACCGUGGAGUAUGAGGAGGGAUCCACUGAGGGACCGAGCCACAACAAAACAUUCACUAUGAGGGCUAUUGUAAAUGGUCAGCGGUUUCCUGAUGGCACUGGGAAAUCCAAGAAGGAGGCCAGGCAAAGUGCUGCCAAGAACGCCCUUGAUGGCCUCAGGAGCUCUCCCAAUAUUGAGUCUAUUGUGUACUUAUGUCUGUAAGUUUGUUUGCGGUGAUAGAGAGUUUCCGGAGGCUUAUGGAAAUAAUAAGAAGGAAGCCAAAGAAGCAGCAGCUUUCCGUGUUUAUGAAGAGUUAUGCAAAACACAAAAUAC